AUGUCGUCAUCACCUUCGCCUCCGGCGCCUCUGUCGGAGACUGUGGGCGCCGCUGCAGCCCCUGAAAAGCUCCCAGGCGAAGGCCCUGUGGAUUCCUACGCGGUCAGUCCAAGCCUAGAAAUCGACGAGGCAGUGUAUCCCCAGCAGCCGCAGCAGCAGCAGCAGCAGCCGCAGGAAAAUGAGACGCGGACGGAGGGGGCCGGCGGUACCGAGAAAACCCGGAAGACGCACCGCAGAAGAGAAGAAGAAAAGCCCACGAGAAGGAACACAAAAACGCAAGGCCGGGAGAGGGGGCGGCGGCGGUCAAGAACUUACCGGCGGCGGCUGAGAGUGGCAGAGGAGAAGACGAGGCUGGCGAAGCUGCGGCGGUCAAUGAAGAGCAUGAUGAAGCAGCCGGACGCGGCGUUUCAGUUCAGCCUGAGUGCAGCACUUGUGUUUCUUUUGUUUUCUUUGGCGGUGCGCUCGCUGCUGAGGACCGACGCGGACUUGGACUCCGAGCUGGUGCUGCGGCCUCUCCUCGAAGACGAAGACCUUCUCCAGCCCUCCCCAGCCGCCUCUUCGUUGCCGCCGCCGCCCCCCCCGCCCCCCGCGCCGCCCCCAGUGCCCAAGCUGGCGCUGCGCGUGGGGCUGGGCGAGGCGGAGGUCAACGCGCUGCACAAGGAGCUCCGAAACGCAGUUCGCCAGCUGCGCCGCACUUGGCACAAGUGCCUCAGCGACUCCAAAGAGGACUUCGCCGACGCUUUCCUCCCCAGCGAGUUCCAAGAAGACCCCCUGGCGCCCUUCGUGGGGCUCGUUGAGGAAAUCGAAAAGGAACGCAGGCCUCCUUUGCCCGUGGGCUUCGAGGACCUCGUGAAGCAGGCGGAGCCCGAGAUUGUCGGGGCCGCCGCGAUCUUCCACACUGACAACGAAAACGGCGGGGAGGACUGCAACAACUGCAGCAAACGAAACUCCGGCGCAGAGAGCAGCACCAUGAGCUCCGGCGUGUACAGCAGCGCCACUCGGAUCUCCGUCGCGGACAUCAGCAAAGGAAGCUCCGAACCCGGCAGCAGCAAAACGAGCUCCGGCACUGACAGUGCCUCAAGGGCCUCAGACCCUGACAGCAGCAACAGAAACUCGGGUACCUACAGCAACAAAGCAACCUCAGACCCCGACAGCAGCACAAGGACCUCAGAUGCCUCCAGCAGCGCUAGAGUCUCAGACGCCGACAGCACCGCAAGGACCUCUGACGCUGACAGCGCAAGAAGCUCAGGGACUUACAGCAGCCCAAGAAGCCCAGACACUGACAGCGGCAUACGGAGCCUAGGGGAUUACAGCAGCGUGAAACCCUCAGUUGCUGAUAGCACCAAAAGGAGCUUCGCCGCAGACCUGAUGCAAGACCAUACAGAGGAACCCCUCAACCCGAAGGGGAAAAGGGAAAGAAUUCGUGUCAAAAAGGUUCAAGAGGACGAAGAUGAGAGCGAGACUGAGGCAGGCUCGGACAGCGAGACUGAUGAAGUCGAAGAGACACAAGAAGGAGAUCCGGCACACCCAGUUCAAAUUGGGUUGGAGGAAGCAAGCGCGUUCGCAGAAGCUACAGCAGGGGCUGACCUGCUGCAGCACGUGCAGCAGGGAGAGCUCGGGCAACAUGAGGCGCCGUUGAGCAUAAAGGCCGCCGCUGCCCUGCGGGCUGCUGAGGCGAUGAUAGAGGCGAGAAAGGAGUAUGUGGGUCGGCUGCUGCUGACUCUAGAGGUACUUAAAGCGGCAGAAGUCCGCGUGGAGACGCUGGCAAGAGUGCGCCUCUUCGCACGCUCCAAGUCCUUGCCUUCGCCCCCGUUCUACUACUGCGGGCGGCCGCUGCCCACGCCUGAGGGCUACAGAAAGAAACGGAAGUACAGCUACGUUUCUUUCGACUUCUUUCUGCACAACCUCCCUCCCCAUCUGGUGCCAGAGAACCUUGAAGGUAAAAACGAGGAGCCCGUGGUUCCCCGCGAUGUUGUCACUUUCCUGACUGGUGCGGUUACCGUAGCGGAUGCGCACUUGAGAAACAGCAAGGCUGUCAGCAGGUCGUUUGGCGGUUUUCUGACGGCUGUGGAGCCGACGCAAGCGGAAGCAGCAGCAGUAGCUCCACCAGACGCGUCAGAAAGGGUGAAAGCAGCAACAGAAGCAACGGCGGCGGCUGUUGAAAUGCAGCAGGAAAGCCCAGAGAUGGCGUUGCCACUGCCCCCGGCUCUGGGCUCCGUGUUCCCCAUGCAUUUGUUUCGCAAAGUUGUUGAGGAAAUGCAGCAAAGGCGAGAUGCGGCCAGUGUGGACACAAAACAAGUAGAGGAGUGGGGCAGGAAUUUCCACACUGCGCACAUCUGCUCAGAGCUCGCGGGGUUUCUCGAGAAACAGAGGGCCACCACUCGUGAUUUGCGCAAAAGAAAGGAAGCCAUCAUACGUCAGUGGGCGAAGCUGCAAACGGACAAGCCAGCCCCUAACCACCCCUUCAUCUUGGCGCUUUACCUGCUCUAG